CAUGACUUGCAACCGGUGCUUAACGCGAGGAAAUAGGCGACCAGCGCCAAGCGCGGGAAAACCUGCAACCGACGCCCAGGCCCAACUCUAAAUUUAAGUGUAACUGGAUCGCAUUGCUUCUAAACGAGUUUCUGCAGGGAGCACGGUGGCAAUGUAAUUAUUGCUUCUUUGUCAAGGAUUUUCACUUUGUAGCAAAAUCACUAGUCGAGCUAAUCUGAAAUAGCUGUGCACAUGUAUGUUCAGUGCUAACAAUUACAUUUCAUUGGAAUGUUUGUUUUCCAGGACACAAAAAAGCAAGAAACAGAAAAAGCGAAGAAAAUUGGCUCCACGGAAACUAUCAACAAGAGCGUUGGUAAAGGAAAGAAAGUAACGAAUACGAAGGGAGACAAGAAAGUGCAACAACCUGAACAGGAGCAACCAGAAGUCGUGGAGUUUCCUAAUCCACUCCUUGAACAUCCUAUCAAGGAAGAGAAUGGUGAAAUUAUUAUCCCUGGAAACAGAGCGCUUAUUAACCUCAACUUGUCACGGAAUAAAAUUGGUGAAAUAGGAGUGGAGGCUUUUCUUAUUUCUAUACAAAGACAGGCAGAGGUUUCGUCAUCUGGUAAACCAACAGGACUCAUGAGGCUUUCAAUGAGUAGAAACCGUUUUCCACCCGAAAACGGCUCUUAUCAACGCCUUAUGGAACUAAUGCAAACACGGGAUCCAUUUUACAAACCUCCACAACCAAGCCCUGUUGACGAGACUGGAGCGUCGACCAAGGACGAAGCUUGAUUUGUACUGUUGAAAGAAAGCUAUUGAUGCCUGAGAGAGAUGUAUGUCUUGGCAAAACAACACACAAUUCAUUCUUAGAUAUUUCUGUUAGAUUUAGCGGGUGGUGAGGAAGACUUUCCGUUAGGUCAAAACAAUUAGUAUUGAAGUCGAAGAUAAUUUGAUUCUAUUUCAAUGUGCGUUGAAUAGUCAUCACUUCAACUAAUGUGUAAAGAACAUUUUUUGUUAUAGUUAUUUAUUGACACUGUAUUUUAUUGUAAAUAAAACACCUGUUAUAUUGUU